UAAGAGAGCAACCAGUUUGCUUGUCUUGCCAGCCACAAGCAAAAUUAAGACUUCAAGCGGCUAAUAAAAUUCUCCAAGGUCAAAUUGUCGAUGUUGAAGCCUUGGAUCUACCGGCCGAAGAUAAAAUUAAUUUGUUAACUGCUCAAAAACUAAUGCAGGGUCAGCCGGGCAGCUUACCUCGUAAAGCAAGGCAAAAGGUAGAAUGCUUUGAAAAUUACUACCGAAAAAAAGCAUUUGAAAAGCAUUUGAAAUCUAGAUUUAACAAGAAUUUAUUUGGCAAACGUAAACAAAGUUAA